AUGAAGCCCGUCCGAACAAUCCUUGCUAAGACGGCCGCCCUGCAACUGCUCGGCACCGGUCUGGCAGCGAUUCCCGCCACGCCGGCCCGAGCCGUCGGCGGCGCGGCCACAGACUGGAUGCACAACGCCAAGUUCGGCGUGAUGCAGCACUGGCUGGCCGAAGGGUGUCCCGGUUCGGACGGUUCGUGCGGCGACCCGGCGCCGACGGUCUCGAGCUGGAAAUAUGGAACCCCAGAUUACCAGCCCAACGUCGUCUCUGUGAGCAACCACGAAGCUCCGAACUGGUAUCGCGACGCCAAGUUCGGUAUAUUCAUCCACUGGGGUGUAUAUGCCGUGCCGGCAUACAAGAAUGAGUGGUAA